GUGCCUACAAAUAAUAUGACCGUUAUCUUACAGGAAAGAUGUGCAGGUGCUGAUACUUUGUUUCUUGUUGCCCGAAUACUGCAUAAAUCUAAAGCUCAUCUCCAAGUGAUGCUUCUGCAAAAUAAUGCAACUAUAGUUGAAGAUUUUUAUGUGCAUGUGGUGGAUGCUGUGCCGGAUCUUGUAGACCAAAUUCAUAGGACAACUGUGAAACUUCUUCUUCACAUUAAUGGGUAUGUUGAUCGGGUUGCCAAUGCUAAAUGGGAAGUGAAAGAGCUUGGACUAGAGCAUAAUGGGUACGUUGAUUUGUUGUUGGGAGAAUUUAAGCACUUUAAAACAAGGCUUGCUCACGGGGGACUACGCAAAGAGGUUCAAGACCUCCUCUUAGAAUACGGACUUGGAAUUGUUGCGGAAACUCUUAUUGAAGGUCUAUCACGAGUGAAAAGGUGUACUGAUGAGGGACGAGCUCUGAUGUCGUUGGAUCUUCAGGUUUUAAUUAAUGGCUUGCAUCAUUUUGUCCCUAUAGAUGUGAAGCCUAAAUUACAGAUGGUCGAAACCUUUAUUAAGGCAUACUACCUACCUGAAACUGAAUAUGUAUACUGGGCACGGACUCACCCUGAAUACACUAAAAGUCAAAUUGUUGGGCUAGUCAACCUCGUUGCAACGAUGAAAGGUUGGAAGAGAAAAAACAGGUUGGAUGUACUGGAAAAGAUAGAGUGAGCUGGCAUGCAACUUCAGUUACACCGUAUUUUUUGUGGUUCUUUAUACUAAUGAUGUAUAUUGGAUGGUAUUCUGAUCUUCAUUAUGUAGAGUGUAUCUUGAGGUUGUGUAUCUUCAGAUUUCUUAGUACAUAUCUGAGCUUGUAACAUAUGAUCAUCCCUUCUUCAAGGGAAAAUCAAAUGUAAUUUUAGAUCACAUAAUAGUUGAAAUAAUGAGUUUACAUUGAUAUAGUCAAGUUUCGAUCCCAUGUUCUCUUGCAAAUGAGGGAGAGGCACAUUUCUGUAUUUGUAUUGAAUGGAACACAAAAUUUUGUGCAUCA